AAAUGAAAAUGCUAAUUUUAUCGAUUGUAUCGAUGCUGGUAUUCGCUUGUAGCGGGCAGCAUCAUCACGGACAUGGACAUUUGAGCGCCAAUAAUAUACCGCGCGAUGAGAAACCCGAUCAUCACCGUCAUGAAGAUCUUCGAGAGACGAGCACCUGGAUACCCAUACUCAAGUACAACAAGGAGCAGAGCGAGGAUGGCAGCUAUAAAACGGAAUACGAGACAGGCAAUAGCAUAAUUCACGAGGAGACAGGCUUUCUCAAGGAUUUCGAAACGAAUCCCAAUGGCGUAUUGGUCCAGCAUGGCCAAUACUCGUAUCAAUCGCCCGAGGGCACCCUCGUCAAUGUUCAAUACACAGCCGAUGAGAAUGGAUUCCGGGCCACUGGAGAUCAUAUACCCACUCCACCGGCCAUUCCCGAUGAAAUCCAAAAGGGUUUGGAUCAAAUCUAUGCGGGUAUCAAACUGCAACAGGAACGUUUAGAACAAAGGGCCAAGACGGAUCCCGCAUUUGCCAAGAAACUGGAAGAACGUCGGGUGGCCAAUCAGAAUGGUCAAUAUAUUGGUCUGCUGGAGAAUCAGUAGAGUACAAGCUGAAAAGGCUAAUGGAGAGCGAAAGAGGGAGAAAGAGAGAGAGCGAGACAGAAAGCGAACGGGAAGCGUGAAUUUUUUUUAUCGAACUCUUGAGGGGAAAAAAAAAGAGUUAUUUCUUUUCUUUUAUUAUUGUGGACUAUUCACUAACCUUGAGAUUUGCCCUAGCAAGUGUGAAAGUUAACCUAUGGUUAAGA